UUGUUUGUACAGAUGUUGCCCCACAACACGAACAAGACCAGCACCGCCACUGCCGCCAACUUCCUCAUCGACAGCGACAGUAACAUCAAAUCAUUAUUGUUGUCAUCAUCAUUAUUGGAACAAAACAACCUUCCAAAGCAAAGGUUGAUAAAUGUUACAGAAAAAACAUAAAUUUCAGUGUCGCAACUACUACUGAGUGUAAAGAAGAUAAGAUUUGAAUGCUAGUUGUGCGUUGUCGCAUAUUUUGCGAAACGUUCGACAAAAUUGAGGAGCAGGUAGAUAUAUAACAAGGAUACAAAAUGCUAAAACGUUCCAAAUCGAAUCGUUCACAACGAACGAAUCGCCGUUCUGCCAGUGGGAAGGUUCAACAACAACGUUUGGAGACGCUGGAGGAUAGUAAUCGGCACAGUGAUGGAGACUCUUCCCAGUCAUCAGCAGCGGCACCAGUAUUUGCCUCUGUCCAUCGUACAAGGCAUGCUGGUAUGAAACGAAAUGAUGCUGGCCCGGUCAACAAUACAGCAUCACCGGCUACUAACGGAACUACAGCCGCCAUUGUACAUGCAUCGGGGAAUACAAUGGCAGUCGGUGGUGGUACGACUAGACCGACAUAUCAACAGUAUCAACAGCAAAGAAGAAUGCAAUUUCAACAGCAGCAGCAACAACAACAACACCACCAGCAUCAACAAAAACAAAUGCAUUUCCAACAACCCUACUACAGUGUAAACAUUGCGAAUUUGCCAAAGACCAAAUGUGCAACGAAUUUUGCCACACAACAACAGCCAGCGAGUGGUGGGGGUGGUGGCGGCAUAGUCUAUGAGGUACAACAUCAGCAACAACAACAGGCUCAGUAUUUGUCUUCUUCUUCGCCCGGCCAUCAACGUCUAAACAAUGGUCAACAACCAUCAAAAGCCCUAAAUUCCCAGGCAAUGAGCCGCAUACCAAUUCAACAUCAAAAGAUGCAACCACAACUGCAGCAGCAGCAGCAACAACAUCCACAUCCACAUCACCAUCAAAACCAACAUCAUCAGCAGCAACAACAACUUCAGACAGCAUCAGCAGGAUUCAAUCACAUUUCAAAGAAUGCCACAAAUCUCCUGAAUGAUAUCUACGAGCGUAACUUGUUGAGCCAAACAACAUUUGCCGGGGAAACUGAACAACAACAGCAGCAACAAUUUUUAAUGCAACAACAACAACAGCAAUUUCUGCAAAUGCAAAGAAAUGCAGCCAGGCCUCAGAUACCCCUACCACCCAUGGCAAAUGGAGCACAAAAUUGGCCGCAAAAGCCUCGAGAAUUAAAGACAUUUAAUAAAAUUAUUGCACCUCCCACGUCGGGCGCCACCUCUUCCUCGGCCAAUUAUCAGUCAACCCAUUUUCAAUUUUCCGAUUCCUAUGUGGAACCCGUUGAUACCAAGAAACAUUUUCUCAUGGAAUCUCAACCGCCACCACCUCCAGCCCCCCUAAAUCAUGUCUAUGAGACCAUCAAGGAAAGGCCACCCCUACCGCUGCCACCUCCACCACCGGAGCGUAAUCAAAAUGUAAAUAACACACCACCACCCCUACCUCCCUCUAGAUUGCUAAAGAAAAAACUACUGGCCCAGGCGGCUCAAGGUGCAAAUGAAGGUACUGCGGGCCGGGGCCAUAAAUCUCACAAAAAGUCCAGCCAUGACAAACUGGAGCUGGAUAAGAAGUCACACCACAACAGCAAACUGGCACACAAUCAGCCGCCGGCUUAUGUGGCGCCACCGCCCUUAGCCUUGGCAGCCAAUUCAUCCGGCAGCAGUGCUAAAAUGCCAGCUCCCUAUAAUCCCCAGCAAAGGACCAAAGCCGAUGGAGAACAAAAAUCCAUGUUGUAUCAGCAGUUGAGAGAACAAAAACUGCAACACCAACAAAAGUUAAUGCCAUCAUCAUCAGCGGCGGAAAGUGCAGGAAAUGGCGGAGGCAGCGGCGGCGGCCAGCAUUUAAGUAAUAACAUGCAAAAACAUAACGCUGACAAGCAACCAGCAGCUCCUGCAAUGCGUGAACAUCCUUUGGGUGCCCAUGAUGAAGGCGUCACAACUGGUCACCUCGUAAACAAUAACAUGGCUGCCACCCAACCGGCAGUCAUGGCCCCCGGCGAAACAAUCACAAAUGACAUAAUAGACAUGGCAACUACCGAAUACCAGCAGCAGGAUGCUGUCAUGCAACAACUGUCCGUGGAGCAGGCUUUGCAUCAGGCAGGUCUACUGCCCAAUUCGACUAGCAACAAUAAUAAUUCAUCUGCAGCAGCAGGAGCGUCAUCAGCCACUGCCUGCAACAACAAUAACAAUGGACGCAACCAACGACCCUCCGCCCUGCCCAUUGUUUUCGAAGAGGACACCGGCGAAUUUCAGGAUGUGCUCGUACUCGAAGAGGAUGGCACCGCCAAAUUACCCUAUCGUCAUGGCAAGAAAAUCGAAGUUAGCCUGGAAACGGCUCAGGCCAUGGCAGCAGCAGCCUAUUAUGCCAGAGCGGCCCAAAAACUUGCAGCACAAAGUACAUCGGCAAAAUCAUCACGCACCAGCGAUAUGUCAAAUACUUCCGCACGCAAUGGUGGCUUCUGUGGCGCCUUACAAAGGGCGCCACCGCCUAUGCCACCCGGUUUGGCACGACGUUUAGCCAACAAGGAGAAUUAUGGCAUUGGCAAGGUUAAAGUUAUGCUGCGUGUUUCCGACACCCACACAGAUCCGGAUACGCCCCACUUUAUGACAGUGGAUAAGAAAAAGCGUCAAGUAACGCUGACAGAUCCAGCAGCGGCCUCCAAUUUGGCUGCCUGUUCGUCACAGGAACGUGGUCCCAUGGUGGCCGCACCCAAAAUGUUUGCCUUCGAUAAUCUUUUUACAGCGGAAGAUCAACAGUCGGAUGUCUGUGCAUCUGCUUUGUCUGAAGUAAUCCCUGCCGUUCUAGAAGGUUCCGAUGGCUGUCUGCUUACCAUUGGUUAUCCGAAUUCCGGUCAGUCCAAGACCAUGUUGGGUGGCGUUAAUCCACCCACGGAAUUGGGUGGCAUUCCAUGCGCCAUUUCAUGGCUGUACAAAGGUAUUAAUGAACGUCGCCAGAAGAGUGGUGCACGAUUUUCGGUGCGUGUCAGUGCUUUGGGUGUCAGUGCCACGAAACCGGAUUCAACGUCAAAGGAUUUAUUAGCUGCUCAUGCAACGGACUCUGAUGACUCUCCGGGGGUUUAUUUGCGUGACGAUUUUCUGGGUGGCCCAACCGAGUUGCGUGCCCCCACCGCUGAACGUGCUGCCUUGUUCCUAGAUGCUGCCCUGGCAGGACGACCACAAGGUGGUCUUGAGCCAGCCAUGAUAUUUACCCUGCAUGUCUAUCAAUACAGUCUAUCACGUAAAGGUGGAGUGGCUGGUGGCCGAAGUCGUUUACAUCUUAUCGAUUUGGGUGGCUGUGCCAAUCGCACGGGUGGCCUGCCGCUCUCCGGCAUUGGCAAUAUUCUGCUGGCCAUAUUAAGUGGUCAAAGGCAUCCGCCCAACAAGGAUCACCCACUGACGCCACUGCUGAAAGACUGUCUGGCACCGUUGACGUGUCAUGUCUCCAUAAUGGCCCAUGUUAUGCAUACCCAGUCGCAUACGGAUGCCUUGACGACCAUACAAUUGGCUUCACGGAUACACCGCAUGCGAAGGAGAAAACAUCGCUUUCCGUUGGGUGGCGAUAAAUCAGGUGUGGGUGGCCUAGCUUCCGGUCUGAACGGUCAUCAAUCUACUGGCUCAUCGGCGGGUUCUGGUGCUGACCCUUCCAGUUCAGAGCUAUCAGCAGACACAGUCAUUUAUAUGGGACCAGGUGAUGAUGCCACCGAUGGUGAACAUCCUCCCGUGUACCUACCCUCCCUGAGCAGCGGUGAUAAUCGUGGUGUGAUGAGCAAAGCUCUCAAGGGUAGUGGUGUGGAGAAACAACAGCCAAGUCCAUCCAAGAUACCCGGUUCGGCCAAAAAGGUGGUUAGCCAAAAACAAACACCACAAAGUCCUAGUAUGGCUGGGCGAACGGGUAGCCUGAAACGGGGUGGUGGUACCCACAGUCCCACACGCCAAACUGGGGCCCAAAAUACCACCUCCACCGCCAAUAACACCAACGAACAAUCGCAAUUCUUCUCGCCUGUACACAGUGUCAAAACUUUACCCAACUCUGCCUCAUCGCCGAAAAUUGUGGCAGGUUCUCUACGACAUCCUGGUAUGACCAUGAUGUGUUCCAAAGCUUCCAAUGUGCCAUCACCCAAGGGGUCACCUCUAAGAAGACCCGGUGUGGGUGGAGCUGCCCUGGCCAACAACACUGAGUCCGGAGAAUGUCCCGGCAGUCCCAUGCGCAAAAUAACCGAAGAACAAUGGAUAGAUGGUCCCCGGGUGUCUCGGGCCAAGGUGGCUGAGGCACGCCAUCUCAUGCGUGAGGUGAAUCAUAUAAAACAAUGUGAAACCUGGAUAGAUGGUCCCAAGUCGCAAUCCAGUCGUUCUCUCACUGCCGGCAAUCUGCCCAUUGCUCCCUCACAGGCUCAAGGUUAUGGUUUUAUGGAUUCCCACAAGAAAUCCAUGAUACGACAAUGGGUUGAAUUCCAAACUUCACAAGUCUUCCAAACGGUUUCGGCCGGUUCAUCGCCCACACACACCCACCGCGAACAACAGGCCCAGCAUUUGCGUAACAUUACCUACCACAUGUCCCAGCUGAAACAAAAAUCCCUGGACAAUGCAGAAGACAUCUAUGCCACCAGUACAAGGCAGCAAUCACAUCCAGCGAACGGCGUCGAUCAGCAUUCUUUGCAGAGCAGUCAACUGGAAUUGGUGAAUCCUUUGGGUCCGGGGCUUUCAAAUGCCAUCAGCACCACCAAUGCCUCAGCACCUGCCGAAAUUCGAGAAGCUCAUCACUACCGGCAAAACUCCACCCACUCUCAGCCAGCCCCGGCACAGCAACAAUCAUCAUCGCAUCCCAAUGCCAAUAUGGAAUUUAAUAACGAAGAGACUGAUUUACACUCCUUACACUCCAAUGUGGGUUAUGGCCUCAUAGGACAACAUCAUAGCCAGGCGCCGCAUCACAUACCCACCGGAACGGCUUCGGAAUCUAAUCUACCCAUGGAUCGACAAAAUGAUUGUGAUGAAGAUCAGGAUAGUGGUCCUUCGGAGGUACCCCCAGCAUUGCCAUUAAUUGAGCCCCUAGGUUCAAGAGAAAUUUCCCACGAAAGUUUACAUCGCAUACUAUCAAGGCAUGUAUCCAGGGAGUCUUUGUAUCAGCAACAUCAUCAGCAGCAACAGUACCAACAACAACAGCAACAUCAGGAUCUCAGGCGUCACGAGGAACAACAACAUUUAUUGCAACGCCAACUGUCACGUCAGUCUUCGCAUCAUUACUCCCAGCACAGUAUGGGUAUGUCCGAUUGUGGUUUGCAGGUGACGGAAGAGGAAAUUGCCCGUACCAUGUCAGGAGGAGAUCAUCCUUUGGCUGCUCUGAGUCACGUGGAAAAUAUGUCGAUUGUAUCAAGUUUCAAUAUGGCUGGCGAUGCGUUCAGUGACUGUGCCAUGGGUGAAAGAACGAGGAACCAAUUUGACCAAUUAGCGCGUUUACGUGAGAUCUUUACCUCACAGCUAGCCAUGGCGGAAGUUACACCCGUCUUUCGUUCUGGUUGUGAUGUGGGCAGUGUUUACAGCGAGCCGGCGUAUCGUUUUAAUACCGGACCGGGGAGUGUAUGCAGCGAGCCGCCCUAUAGACCACCCAGCCCCAGACAACCUUCACGAAGUCCUAGCCAAGGAAGUUUGCCAAGUCUAAAUGGUAUCAUGCAAAUUGCCGGUAUGGAGCAGUAUGCCUCACUGCGACAUCCGGAUGGUGCUUCCGAUCCUAAUCUGCCGAAAAUUGAAAAACCAUUUGUGUUGGAACACGAAGAUAUCCAUGAAGUAGAUGAAAAAUCCGCCCUGCUAUCACCCUCGAAGCGAUCCUCUCUGGAGCAUUGUGAUGAAGAGCAUGAUGAUGUGAUUUUGACACAAUUGAAUACCACUCUGCCCAUUACCACCCAAUCCCAACUACCUCUGUUACCCCUAAAUACCUCUUCCGAAGCAUAUGACAGUGGUCAUGACAGUUCAACGCCCCGAACCUCUAAACAUUCGGGUAUAUCACGGCGAGCGGAAAGUGGUUAUCACAGUGUGGCCACCGCCCGGGACAGUGAUGAGAGCAGUUUUACAUCGGGACUCUCCAAAGAACAUCAUAAUCGCAUUACCAUUACGAAAAAGAAGCGACAGGACAAAGGUUUGUGCACAUGGUUAAUGAAUCCUUUUACCUGUACUUAUCCCGAAACUGAGGGUGAAAUUAGUGAUUUUUAAACAAAGGUAGAAAAAUCCAAUUUCAUACAACUUUCCUCUGACCACCGAACCAGUUCAAACGAAAAACCAAGAAGGGGCAAUUUAAAUGUAAACUAGAGAACCACCCACCAGAAUAAAAAAUUAACGGCAACAAAUUAAAGCAUUUAUUUCGUUUGGGAAACUAAAUGAAACUAAACUAGAAACUAUGUAUUUACUGGGUUAGUAACUCAACUCUCCCUCAACCCCGUGACUCUAAUCCAUAUGCGAAACGAUUAACGAAAUUCUUAAGAAAAUUCGAAAUGGCCAAAUUUUAAUUUUAAAUUAAAUCGAAAAAUGAAACAAAGAAAAACAAAACAAAAGAAUUUGAUGAAAAUAUUAUGACUGACAAUUUUUAUAAACAAAAGUAGUUAUGAAAACAAGAAAAUUGAAAAAAAAAAUUAAAAGGAAAUAAAAGAAA